CCUUCCAGGCACUUUUGCAUGUGGACUCUCAUUUAAGUCUCAGAUUAUCUACUAACUAACAUCGUCAAUAUCUCUAUUUUGCAAAUGAGGAAACAGACGCAGAGAGACUGAAUGGAUUUUGAGCCAAGAAAACUACUGAGAGCAUCAUACGUGUCCCAGAGCUGCUUCCUUUCCUUUGCUGCCCACUAUUCUGAAUUUCACAAGCAGGUAUCCAGAUGCUCUUUAGCAGAAUGUGAAUAGCUUCUUUGAAAUCCUAGUGGCUGGCUGGUGCCCUCUGGAGAGUGACGUUUUCAUCUAAAAGGGACUAGAAGGAGGGGAAGGAGCCCAGAGCAUCCAACACCCAGCCCCGCAGCGGUGCAGCCGGGGAGCCAGGGGCUGGGAGUGGGCUGCGCGCGCGCUGCACUCAGUUGGUCUGGCGCCGGCGGCUGCGGCUGAGCAGCCCAAAGACAAGAAGUACCGGCACCAGACUGGGGACAUAACCUGUUGCUGAAGGCGGGUUUGGUGGUUUCUGUUUCCAGAGGCUGCCAGGGGUCUGUUCUGCCCUUCGCGAUGAGCAUAUAAGGCUGAAGAUAAAAAGGACAUUUGGUUGCUUUUUGGAAGAGAGCAGCUGGGAUUGCUGGAAGAAGAGAACAUAGUAAGAGGGCAGAUUGAUUGUGAUACAACCGGGAUUAUCUGAUCCUAGAAGACCUCAACCACUGAAGAUUGCAACCCAGUUUACAUGCUUCUAAAAUUCACAAGGUCCAUCAUGAGUGAGAAAUGGGACUCAAACUCUUCAGAAAACUGGUAUCACAUCUGGAGUGUCAAUGACACACAGCAUCACCUGUAUUCAAACAGUAGUAUUACCUAUGUGAACUACUAUCUUCACCAUCCUCAAGUGGCAGCAAUCUUCAUUAUUUCCUACUUUCUGAUCUUCUUCCUGUGCAUGGUGGGAAAUUCCGUGGUUUGCUUUAUUGUUAUGAGGAAUAAACACAUGCAUACUGUCACUAAUCUCUUCAUCUUAAACCUGGCAAUAAGCGAUUUACUGGUUGGCAUAUUCUGUAUGCCCAUAACACUGCUGGACAAUAUUAUAGCAGGAUGGCCAUUUGGAAAUACAAUGUGCAAGAUCAGUGGAUUGGUCCAGGGAAUAUCAGUUGCAGCUUCAGUCUUUACUUUAGUAGCUAUAGCAGUGGAUAGAUUCCGGUGUGUUGUCCACCCUUUUAAACCAAAGCUCACUAUCAAGACAGCAUUUGUCAUUAUUGUGAUCAUCUGGGUCCUGGCCAUCGCCAUUAUGUCUCCAUCUGCAGUAAUGUUACACGUACAAGAAGAGAAAUAUUACCAAGUGAGAAUCAACUCUCAGAAUAAAACCAGUCCAGUCUACUGGUGCCGGGAGGACUGGCCACAUCAGGAAAUGAGGAAGAUCUACACCACUGUGCUCUUCACUACCAUCUAUCUGGCUCCCCUAUCCCUCAUUGUCAUCAUGUACGGAAGGAUUGGGAUUUCGCUCUUUAAGUCUGCAGUGCCUCAUACAGGCAAGCAGAGCCAGGAGCAAUGGCAUGUGGUAUCCAAAAAAAAGCAGAAGGUCAUCAAGAUGCUCCUGACCGUGGCUCUGCUUUUCAUUCUCUCCUGGCUACCCCUAUGGACUUUGAUGAUGCUCUCAGACUAUGUUGACCUCUCUCCAAAUGUACUGCGGAUCAUCAACAUCUACAUCUACCCUUUUGCACACUGGCUGGCCUUCUGCAACAGCAGUGUCAACCCCAUUAUAUAUGGUUUCUUCAAUGAGAAUUUCCGCCGUGGUUUCCAAGAUGCUUUCCAGCUCCAGGUCUGCUGGAAAAGAGGAAAGCCCCAGGAAGCCUAUGUCCUAAGAGCUAGAAACAAUGUGCUCAUAAACACAACUGCUCAGCUCGCCCGGGAACCUGAAUUUCAAAACCCACACGGGGAAAAUUUGCUUUAUGGAAAAAGUGCUGAAAACCCCCAAAAGGAAUUAGCAAUGGAAGAAUUGGGAAAAGCUCCCAAGAGUAAUGAGAUGUAAGACUCGGUGUGAUAAUACAAACUUUAACGUGUGUUAUAUAUGUAAACACUGUUGCUUUUUGUGGCUUUGUACUGUAAUUCUAAGGCACUAAAGAAAAUAUUUACUGAAAGCCCUCUCUGGCAAAAAAUAAAAAAUGUAAACAAAAUAAUCAAGUGGUAUAUAAAAUAUGUACAGUGACUCACAGAUUUGCCUGAAUAAAUCUGAUUCUAAGAAACAGUUUGCAAAACCUGACCUUCCCAAAUUAACUGUUUGUGUGUGAGUCAAAUGAAUCUAGCAUGUGUGCAUGUUUUGUAAAUGUACAUAUCCACAAAUACCCAUUUUCCAUAAAUAGUGGUAAGUAGGCAGUGUUUUGCAUGAAAGUACAUUAUGUCAAUUUUCCCUCUGGUUUUGAAUUUGAAAAAUUUAGACUACAGAUUUAUUGAUUUGCUUGUGUUUUUAGAACUUAAUUUUCUAGGCAAUGUGUUGGAUCCCAUGUAGUUCCUUACUGAGGCUUUUCUCAUUGCCUUUAGUUUACAUGGGUUGACCUAGAAGCAAGAAUUGUAGGUUCAUGGGUAAUUAUGACAUGGGUGACUCCAUUUUCUAUGUUGGAACUGACUGCAGGGCCAAAUAAAGAGAGACAGUAUUUCUUUGUAUUUUUUUUUCUAAAGAGUAUUAAGCUGAGGAAAUCAUAAUGUCAAUUCAUGGAAGUUACUAUUGGAUUUUUAAAAAAUAUAUUCACAAAUUUUAUGCCCCAGCUGAGCCCACAUUUCUUAUGGAACUGAUUCAGGCCCAAAUUAACCCCCUUCUAACAGAAUCUCCAACCUAAAGAAGCAGAUCCUUUAGUAAGGCACCAGGUGGCACGGGAGUCUCCUCUCUUCUAAAGUGCUUCAUCAGAGAUUUUCAGCAAUCAUCCUAAGACUCCUAUAAAGUAUAGAAAGAGCAAGAAUAAUUAUUUCAAAUUUCCUACUUUGUAUUACACUUAAAUCCAGCACCCUGGGGUUAAUAAAUCAGUACUAUGGUUAAAAAGAAAAUUGGUAACCCCUGAAUUCUACUGUGUCACAAUUAUGUAGUAAUAAUGGUUGUAAAUGCUAGCUUUUAUCUAGGGUGAGAUAGGUCUCUAGAAAAUUGUGAAUUAUAACAAAAUAAUUUGUUUGGCAAAUACGAAUAAAUCUCUGAAUGUGAAACUGUCA